AUGUCAGGCAAAGGAGGAAAACCGAAGAGUGGCAAAGCUGGAGCCGAGGCCAAGACCCGAUCAAGCCGAGCUGGACCGCAGUUCCCAGUUGGACGAAUCCAUCGAUUCAGCCGCAAGGGCAACUACGCUGAGCGAGUUGGUGCUGCAGCACCAAUCUACCUUGCUGCUCUGCUCGAGUACUUGACUGCUGAGAUCCUUGAGCUAACUGGAAACGCUGCUAAAGAUAACAAGAAGUCCAGGAUCAUGCACAGACACUUGCAGUUGGCCAUCAGGAACGACGAAGAGCUGAACAAGCUGCUCCAUGGAGUGACAAUUGCUCAAGAUGGUGUGCUGCUGAACAUCCAUGUGCUCCUGCGCAAGAAGCAGUCUUCGUCUCAGCCCAAGACUGACAUGAUGUAA